AUGGUGGGGGUUGGUGCCCUCCAAGUGAGCAUUGACAAGGAUCUGUACGAGUACGCCAGAGGUGACAACGUAACCUUGCCGUGCUCUUUUCAGUCCACGUUUACCAAGCCGCCACUUGUUGUCGUCACAUGGUCUGUGGAAGGACUAGAAACUAACGCUGAUGAGAAAGUCAUCGCCACCUAUUACUCGGCUGGCGCAUUGUCAGACGUCAGAAAAGACUACAAAAACAAAGUGUCCAUGGAUGUGGACCUGGCAAGUGGAAAGGCAAACCUGAAAAUUGCCUCUAUCACACUCGCUGACAACAAAGAAUUUGAGUGCCGUGUCCAAAUUCCGGGUGACACUGAGGGAACGCUAUACGACUCUGCCCGCUUGGUGGUUCUAGUGGCUCCUUCUACACCCAUUUGUCAAAUCCAAGGGAAGGCCGAAUAUGGGCGGAACAUCAACCUGACCUGUCACUCAGAGGAGGGCUCGCCACCUCCUCAGUAUGAGUGGAAGAGUCUUAAUACGCAAAGAAUGCCCCACGUGAAAGAUCCUAGGACCACUAGCAAGGGCGGGAUUCUGUCUCUAUUCAAUAUCACUAAAGAGACAUCAGGAUAUUACACCUGCACAUCCAGUAACAAGAUCCGAUCUGCCAGCUGCAACAUCACCCUCGCGGUCUUGCCACCUUCCAUGAACAUCGGCUCCACAGCAGGAAUAAUUGCGGGAGUGGUGGCGGCGUUGAUCAUACUCGUCGUCGUCAUCUAUUGCUGCUGUUGCCGCAAGAAGAAGGAGGAGGAGGAGGAAUAUGCAAUGGGAGUUCCCGAUGAAAGGCCCGACAAAGUAUUGGACAGUAAUGGACCCGAGAGGUCAGCCGACAGAUACAUCGACGAUGAGGACGAGUCCAGAGUGAGGGCCCCUCUUCGAGACGGGGACGAAGAACGGCGCGACCAAAGCCCCCGCAGGGAUCCUGACGGCCGCCGUAACGACUAUGACGACCGCCGCAGCGACUACAACGACCGGCGCAGCGACUACGAUGAUCGCCGCAGUGACUACGACGACCGGCGCAGGGACUAUGACGACCGCCGCAGUGACUAUGACGACCGGCGCAGGGACUACGACGACCGGCGCAGGGACUACGAUGACCGUCGUAGCGACUACGAUGACCGGCGCAGUGACUGUACCGAUACCCGCGAUAAGUACAGAGACCGCUACGCUGAGGACAAUGAGAGAAGCAGAGAGCGCUACCGUGAUGACAAUCGCUACGAUGAACCUUACAAUGCUCGGGAGAGGUCCCCCGACCGAAGAGACGACUGA